GUGGGUUCUAACGCCCUGCAUUAGCAACGCUUUUCCCCUUUCUGUGUUCUUAAUUGCAUCUAUUUAUUUGAAAACUAUAAACAUCAUCUGAUCAAGAAAGCCUAAAGAUGGCUGAUGGAAAGCAUGAUGCUCAGGAGCUGCUUCAAGCUCAAGCAUAUAUAUGGAAUCAUAUAUUCAAUUUCAUAAACUCAAUGUCUCUUAAAACUGCAAUUCAGCUAGGCAUCCCAGAUGCCAUCCAUAGCCAUGGCAAACCCAUCUCUCUUUCUCUGCUCAUUGCUGCCUUACCUAUCCACCCAGCCAAAGCCCGAUGUAUCCCUCGCCUAAUGCGCAUUUUGAUUCAUUCUGGUUUCUUUGCUAAAGCAAAACUCAAAGAAAAUGAUGAAGCAGAAGGGUACGUUCUUACCAAAGCAUCUAAACUCCUCCUUAAGGACAAUCCUUUCAGUGUAACACCGUUCUUGCUAGCAAUGCUUGAUCGUAUUUUAACAGAACCAUGGCAUUAUCUAAGCACUUGGUUUCAAAAUGAUGAUGCUACUGCAUUUACCACUGCUCAUGGAAUGGGGUUCUGGGAGUAUGCUGGCAAUGAACCAAAGCUCAACAAUUUCUUUAAUGAAGCUAUGGCUAGUGAUGCAAGGCUGGUCAUGAGAGUAUUGAUUGAUGAGUACAAGGGAGUGUUUGAGGGAUUGAAGUCAUUAGUUGAUGUUGGAGGUGGCACAGGAACUAUGGCUAAAGCCAUAGCUAAAGCAUUUCCUCGGUUGGACUGCAUUGUAUUUGAUCUUCCACAUGUAGUGGCUGGUCUGGCAGGCAGUGAAAACUUGAAAUAUGUGGCAGGCGACAUGUUUGAGGGGGUUCCUCCUGCAGAUGCAAUUUUACUCAAGUGGAUUAUGCAUGUUUGGAGCGAUGAAGAAUGUUUGAAGCUACUUAAACUAAGUAAAGAAGCAAUCAAAGGCAACAAAGAAGGAAAGUUGAUUAUUAUUGAUAUGGUAUUGGAGAAUCGACAAGUAACUGAUCAUCAGUCUAUUGAAUCACAACUUUUCUUUGAUAUGUUAAUGAUGACAUUACAAACUGGUAAGCAGAGGAACAAAAAGGAGUGGGGUAAACUAUUUCUGGAUGCUGGUUUCAGUGACUAUAAGAUAACUCCUAUACUGGGUUUAAGGUCUGUUAUUGAAGUUUAUCCUUAAUAAGGUGUUUUUCUUUUAUUAAUUUGAUCCUUGUCAGAUUGUGAGCCUGUUAUUUCUUAGUACUUCUAUAGUUUAUUUAGUAAUUAAUAGUAAUUGUAUGUUUAUAAGAAUUGUAUUUGAAUAUUUAUGAUAUUAUGUUAAGAGUGCCUCAUAGUAUUAGUAAAAUAGAAGCUAUUGAUUGAUUA